GGAAGACCUAGUCGAGACUUCGAUAAUCGAAGGGAUGGACCCUAUGGUCGUCCUUCUAUCACAAUGACGCGGCGGCGCUCUUCACAAUUUCUGCCCGUAGGCACCGAGACAGAUCCUCGUACUUCAUUCCAAGACCCUAGCGCGCCGGAUCUGGAAGCAUUACAGCAUCUGGACACCAUGGUUGUAACUCAUCCCGACUUCGAGCCAGAACCGCCUGCUUUGAACUACGACCUUUGGUCAAGGAGAUGGUCGAUCGCCAUUUUCUGGUCACUAAUACUGGUCGACUGCAUUGCGAUGCCCAUCGCUCUUUAUUUCUGUCUCUGGUAUUUGACCGACCUUUCUCCGAAUGCAGUCUUCUCAAUUGUCACGGCCGCGCUUGGAGGUGUUUCCAUUGUGGAAUAUUUCAUCCGAUUUUGGCGAUUGUGGAAGAAGGAUAGCACGUGUCGCGUAAUUGGUGCGAGGAGAGCGUAUCUGGACUGGUUUCACUGGAACCUUUCAUUGGGUUGGAUUGUCAUUAUGAUUGAACUCAUCGUUGGCACUGUUCCGGAACAUCCUCCAAUCAGACUCUUGGCUAUGCCGUUAGCAAGUAUGCUCUACGCUUUUGGAACCGAAUUGCUCAUCGUCGAUACCUUGCGCUAUUUUGAAGUUCCUGCGCCCUGCCGAAUGAGCAGUAUACCAAAAGGUGCGCAACUUCGGCCCGCAAUAUAUUCCAUGAUCGAGGACGUUGUUGCGGUCGACGGAAGUGGCGGCACAGAGUACAGAGAAGCAUUGAACAGGCGAUACGAGGCUUCGCACAUGUUCCGAGCAAUGUUGAGGCGGCUUGGAAUAUUCUGGGCUGUUGGUGCAGAAGGAAUGGCUGUUUUGACAACCAUCAUUGUUUUUACCAUCCAGCACGAGGCCGCCUACGUGGUCGGCUGGUCAGCUCCCUUCGUUUGGGCCGGUAUCUGGGUCAUCGCCACGAUCGCCUAUGUGAAGUAUUGCUUGAAGAAAGAGAAGAAAGCUUGG